ACGUUUACAGUGAGCCUGACCACAAUGAGGGUGCCAUAUUUCCCAGCAAGGUCAGUCCUUUUCCGUAAGGAGCCCAAUGGAGUGACCUACAGAGUUCCGGCACUGCUCUACCUGACUCGCUGCAACUCUUUCCUGGCCUUCUGUGAAGAGCGGCUCAGCCCGUCUGACUCCCAGGCUCACCUGCUGGUCAUGAGGAGAGGGACAUUCUACAGGAACUAUGUUGAGUGGGAAAGCAUGCAAGCUCUCGGCACGGCGUACCUGCCGGGACACCGCUCCAUGAACCCGUGCCCUGUGUACGACGACUUCACGGGCACCCUCUUUUUGUUCUUCAUCGCCAUUCUGGGCCACACCCCCGAGUCCUUCCAGCUGGCCACUGGGAAGAACUUAACACGCCUUUGCUAUGUCUCCAGCACGGACAAUGGAAUUACAUGGAGUCCGGCUACUGACCUCACACAACAGGUUCUUGGAGACACUAUCAAAGAAUGGGCCACUUUUGCCCUGGGACCGGGCCAUGGCAUUCAGCUCAAGUCCGGACGCCUACUCAUCCCCGCUUAUGCCUACCACAUCGAGUGCAAACAGUGUUUCGGAAAGCUAUGCCAGACGUCCCCACGCGCCUUCUGCUUCCACAGUGACACCCAUGGGCGAACUUGGCAUUUCGGGGGCACCGUCCCGGGCCUGGAGAGUGUGGAGUGCCAGGUGGUGUCUGUGGACGAGGAAGAUGGGACCAACUUCUUGUACUGCAACGCACGAAGCCGGUUGGGCUUCAGAGUGCAGGCUCUCAGUCUUGAUAACGGGGCUACAUUUCAAGAGGGUCAGCUGGUUCAGAGGUUGGUGGAACCUCGGAAUGGUUGUCACGGGAGUGUGGUGGGCUUCCCAGCUCCAUUACAUUUCAACUUUAAUGCCCAACAUUCCAGACACUUAUCACAAGAAACUGCCUUUCCAAAUUUCCUCACCCCCACGUGGGUUGUGUACUCUCACCCAACAUGGACCAGCGCCCGCAAAGAUCUAGGCCUCUUUCUGAGUCUUUAUCCCCGGGACCCCGACAGUUGGCGCGGGCCUUGGGUGAUCUACGAGGGUCCGUGCGCUUACUCCGACUUGGCGCACGUGGAGCUUCCGCCCUCGACCGGCUCCCCGCCCGCCGUGGCCUUCGCCUGUUUGUUUGAGUGUGGGACCAGGACGGCCUAUGAACAGAUCUGCUUCUGCAUCUUCACCCUCUAUGAACUCAUUGACAACCUCCCGCCAGGCGUGACUUUACUAAGCAAGGAUCAUAACAAAAAGCGAGGGCCCGAAGUCAACGCAGGCAGAUGUAAUGUUCGACACAUGAAGAGGAGGAAGCUUGGUGACUUUUGUACUUUGUUUUAA